CAGAGUCGAGUCCACAUGGGCGGCCAUAGCGUUUGUGUCCUACCUUUGUCCCCUUGCCUCAUUCUUGCCUUUCAUGCUCCCGACAACUUCUAUCUCUCUUCUUUUAAACCUAACUUCUAUGCAUCUUCUCCCACCUUUAUAUAUCUCUCUCCUAUUUCCUCCAAGUCCAUCAUCAACCAAACUCACCAACAAGAACAAUAUCAAGAACAAGAACAAGAACAAGAGAAGGAUUUUGCAAAUCUUGAUUUUGAAAAAAAAAUGGCGUACGAGAAAGUCAACGAGCUUAACCUUAAGGACACAGAGCUUCGUCUUGGAUUACCUGGAACAGGGCAAGUAAAGGAAGAACAAGAAGUUUCUUGUGUUAGAAGCAACAAGCGUCAACACCAAAGCGAUAACGAGGAAGAAUCUACACCUCCUACGAAAACUCAAAUCGUUGGUUGGCCUCCGGUGAGAUCUUACCGCAAGAACAACAACAGUGUUGUGAGCUAUGUGAAAGUGAGUAAGGACGGAGCCCCUUACCUACGUAAAAUCGAUCUCAAAACAUACAAAAACUAUUCAGAGCUUCUCAAGGAGUUAGAGAACAUGUUCAAGUUCACAAUAGGUGAAUACAGCGAAAGAGAAGGAUACAGAGGAUCUGGAGUUGUACCAACGUACGAGGAUAAAGAUGGAGACUGGAUGUUGGUUGGUGAUGUUCCAUGGGAUAUGUUCUCUUCUUCUUGUAAGAGACUCAGAAUCAUGAAAGGAUCCGAUGCUCUUGCUUUAGACUCUGCCUUAUGAUGAUGAUGAAGAAGACAUUUCGAUGAGAUUUGGAUGAAUGAACCCUUUUUGAUUUGAUUCGGCGUUUGAGUAGUUGACCACACCAAAAAACAAAACAUUUCAGGGUUUUGAGAUAUAUCCAUCUCCAAGUGAUUUUCUUUUUCCUUUUUGUUUGAUUUGUUGUUAGAUUUGAAGGAGUUUGAUGUAAAGAUACAUGAAAUUUUAUGUAUAAGACGGACAUAUACACAAUAUAGAUGCAUAUGUAGCAAUAUUCUUGACGAACA